CCUGCGCAGAGCUUUACCGAGUCUUGUAGUGUGUAGUCUCCGGCAACCAACACCCAGCGACGCACGUACGUCGCACCGACAGUAAAAGUGAUAUUAUAGACUAAUAUUAACAGUGCUCAAACAAGACAUUAAGGAAACAAGAUGUUGCUACCAAUAGCGGCGGUAGCGCUGCUGUGCCUCGCAGGCUCCGCCUACACGAAGGACCACAACGGCACGGUAUCGGACCAGCCAAGGUGGUGCAGUGCGGAGCAGACAACCUGCGGACUGUAUGAGGACGACGGGCCCUGGAUGGCCAUGGUGCAGCAGUGGGCGCUCACCGGAUCAGAACACAGCGGGAGACAAGGACGCAUAAUGGCUCUACCACCUGCAGAAGGCUACUAUGUGACGGACCGCGUGGACAGGCCUUACCUGUCUCCUCCUCCACCGCCUCCACCGGUUCCGAUGAAGCAGGCCAACCACCCAAGCCACUCCGGCCCACAGCUGCCUCCCGGCGCCCGCCCCUACGACGAGUGGCAACAUUCGCCUCCACUGCCACCAACCACUGGCAAGAUCGUCAACCGACCACCCAACCCAUACAAAGACAAGUUCAAGCCAAGCUAUCCGGCUCCAGUCCAGAACCAGCCAAUCCCUGUGCACAGCCAGGCGCUGGACAGAGUGGACGAGAACAAAGCGACGCCACAGAAACAAGUCUCCGAGACCGACCUGUACCUGCUCGGAGCUAUCGAGAAGCUGGUUUACCGCGCUGAUCUCUUCGAAAAGCGGCUCCGGAAGAUGGAGGAGACAGUACACUCCCUCAUCGCAGGGCUGGACGCCAAGCUGGGCAAUAAGGCUGAGCCGUGUCCGAAGAAUUUCACUCGCGUGGGUAGCGGCUGUUACCACGUGUCGUCCGAGGUCGCCAACUGGAAGGGAGCCAGCUACGGCUGCCGCCGCCUGAAGGGGAACAUGCUGGAGAUCGACAACGACCAGGAGCGCGACCAGCUCACUUCUGCACUCUUUACUGACAAGAGAUACAAAGGCGUAGACUUCUGGACGGGCGGACUGAACCCCGGCCUGCUGUGGAUCUGGUCCCACUCGGCGCGGCCCGUGGUGGGCAACAGUACGGGCGCCGCCCCCGCGGGCGAGGGCCGCUGCCUGGCCUGGGUGUACGACCCCGCGCGGCCCGCCUACCUGUACCGGGGGCACGACUGUUCGCUCAGACACCGAUACAUCUGUGAGAAGGAGGAGGACCCUGAGAAGCUCAGCAACGAGGUCGAGAGACUUGCCCGCAGCUUGAGGGAAGGAAGGAAACCAAAGAUUUUAUGGACUGAACAUGAGCCGUAG